AUUAAAAAACAUAAUAAGUAGUUCAAUAUUAUUUUAAAAUAUAAAAUAUGUAAUUAAACUUGAGAAAUAAAAAAAGAUGAGAAAACAUGGAGGGGUUAAUGUUGCAAUAUUUUCAUCUCUUUUGUUGGGUGACUUUGGGCAUUUGUUGGCCGGCACCUCACACCUCAAAAAAAUAUCUUUUUAAUCAGAUAAAGGGGUGCCGGCCAUCAGUGUGCCAGCACCCCAAAAAAAAUAUUAGAGCCGGUCAUCUAGUAUCCAAAGCCUGAAAGGUUAUUUUUCAAUAGAAAAAUAGUGGUGCCAGCCAUUUAAUUCUCAUAACCUAAUUUUACUAUUCAUUUCAAGUUAUUUGGGUAAUAAUUUUUAAACAGGAUUAUUUUUAUAAAUAUUAAUUUUUUUGGGUCAGAUGGUAAAAUUGCCUAUUCUUUAAGGACAACCAGCUUCGAUGCACAUGCCUUACCUGGUGAUUCACAAGCUGCUACUGUUGAUAAAAGUUUGUUGGCUAGAGAGGCAGCCAUAAAAUUAAUGAAGUAGUACCUUCAUCGUGCAGCUAACCAUAUGAAGCAACAAGCAGAUAAUAAAAUGUCUGAUAGGCAAUUCGAAGUAGGUAACUCAGAUCAUCUUAAGCUUCCACCGUAUAGACAAAAAUCUGUUGUAAACAGAGUUAAUCUCAAGCUCUUUGCUCGAUUCUUUGGUCCAUAUGAGAUGCUUGGACGAGUGAGAUCAAUGACUUAUAAUCAGACCCAAGCAGGGAUUAAUAUAGUAGCAACAGCCAAAGAUAUUCUUCAACAAGAAAUUUAUCAACUAUGGACAAAGAAAAAUAUUGGCAUAUUAUACUGGAGAUAUCCAAGAAAAUGGAGAUGAAGAAUCUUUAAGGCUAUUAAAAAAGAUAGCUGAUAUAGAAAUUGAAGACUAUCCAUCUCAUUCGGUAUUUCUUGUAUCUCAAUUGAAGAAGCAUGUGGGACAAGGGCCUGUACAAUCUCAGCUACCUAUAAUCAAUGAUGAAGGUAUACUUGCUAAGGAGCCUAUGGCUAUACUUAGCAGAAGAAUGGUCAAACGUGGUAAUCGAGCUGUUACUCAAGUGAUUACCCAAUGGAGCAACAGUUUUCUAAAGGACUCAACAUGAGAAUUUUUGUACGUCCUCGAGGAUAAGGAUGCAGCAAAGAAGGGAGCAUUCAUACUAGAUAAACGAAAUGAAAUUUUAUACACUUAUUGGGUUAUUUUCAUUAUUUUCUGAUUGGGCUGUAUUUUUGUGCUUAAUUCUAGUUUUUGUUUAUUUUGUUAAAUUACUUCAGUUGUGAGAAGUGUAACUGCUAAUACAAAUGUUAGAAAGAACAUCAAAUUUUACAAAAGAAAUUCUCUUUCUGGUUAAUUUUCUCUGCAACCCAUCAUUACAUCCUUCUCUACAUUUUUUUCUUCUAAAAUUUCAUCUACAUCCUCCACCACCUAUCGAUUCACAAUAUAGAUAAUCGAUGUAUCAAUAAACAAGCUUCCUUUUCCCAUGUUUCAUAUCUACUGGAACUGAAAUCUCAGUCUCCUAUCCCAAUUAUGAACUCAAUUCGAUUCAAGAUUCUGGUUCCCAGAACUACAACCCCAACACCUAAACACUUAACCAUAGCCCCUUCCCAUCUCAAUCUCGCUUCGACUACCAUUAUUGAAACCAACCCAUCGUUUCCAUAUCCAAACGUUGAAGACCCAGCCAAGACAUUGCCUAAUCUAUUGUCCAAUUGCACCACCCUUCUCCACUUGGACCAACUUUAUGCCCGCAUCAUUCAAACCCGACUUCUCGAUUGUUACUCCUCGCCGUUUCAUUGGAACAACGUUAUCCGAUCUUACACCAGGUUCAAUGCUCCCGUUAAAGCACUUCACAUCUACAUUGCCAUGUCGAGAACUGGACUCCUCCCUGAUCGUUAUACUCUCCCUCUUGUCUUGAAGGCUACCUGUCAGUGUUUCGCUAUUGACAUCGGCCGUCAACUACAUUCCGUGGCUGUGAAGAUUGGGUUAGAGUUGAAUGAGUUUUGCGAGAGUGGGUUUAUUAGCCUUUAUGCAAAAGCGGGACAGUUUAAGAAUGCGAGGAAGGUGUUUGAUGAAAAUCCCGAUAGGAAAUUGGGUUCUUGGAAUGCUUUAAUAGCUGGACUUGCUCAAACUGGGCGUGCUAAAGAAGCGAUUCAUAUGUUUUUGGAGCUGAAAAAAAAUGGGUUUUUGCCUGAUGAUGUGACUAUGGUUAGUGUGACAUCGUCUUGUGGUAGUUUAGGGGAUUUUGAGUUAGCUCUUCAGUUACACAAAUGUGUAUUCCAAGCUAAACGCUUUGAAAAAUCCGAUAUUUUGAUGUUGAAUUCGGUUAUUGAUAUGUAUGGGAAGUGUGGUAGGAUGGAUUUAGCUUAUUUAGUUUUUUCAAGGAUGAAGGAAAAAAAUGUUUCUUCUUGGACGUCUAUGAUUGUUGGCUAUGCAAUGCAUGGUCAUGUUAAGGAAGCUCUUGGUUGUUUCCUUUGCAUGAGAGAGUCCGGGGUGAGACCUAACUAUGUUACAUUUAUUGGGGUUUUAAGUGCUUGUGUGCAUGGUGGGAAAGUAGAGGAAGGGAAAUUUUACUUUGAUAUGAUGAAUAGUUAUGGGAUAAAGCCAAAUUUGCAGCAUUAUGGUUGCAUGGCAGAUCUGCUUGGUCGAGCCGGGUUGCUUGAGGAAGCAAGGAAGAUGGUGGAAGAGAUGCCUAUGAAGGCAAAUGUAGUGAUAUGGGGGAGUUUGAUUGGUGCAUGUGAGAAAUUCGGGAAUGUGGAGAUUGGGGAGUGGGUGGCUAAGCAUUUACAAGAAUUGGAACCUUGGAAUGAUGGGGUUUAUGUUGUAUUGUCUAAUAUCUAUGCUAGUAAUGGUUUGUGGGAAGAUGUUGAGAGGGUUAGAAGGAUCGUGAAGCAAAUGAAACUUGCCAAGACUCCUGGUUAUAGCUUGGCAACUACUUAGAAUUGAGUUUAGUUUGUUCCAAUGGCCAAUCAUCAUGUUAACCAUUUUAGAAUAAAAGUUACUUUGCUAA